CGCCCACACUCUCUCUCUCCAGGUGUGUGUCUCUGCCUCGCUUCUGUCUUAACUGAACAGUUUCUCUGUGUGCGCUCUCAUUUGCUGUGCUGUAUCUCUGAUAGUGCACUUUGUACCUGUUGUUUUGUUUUGUUUACAAUUUUUGCCUUCUUGAGAACUGCAUUUUUCAGUGGGGGCAAGAGCCAGGAAAACCUUGUCUCUAGCCUCUAGCCCCUGGUGGAUGAGCAGCUAGACUCCUGGUUUUCCUCCAGGCCACUCAUGUCCGAUCCCUGGGUAGAAAACUAAGACACCUUGCUUCAGGCCACCCCUCAUGGCCAUCUGUCUCCAAGAAUGGGAUUUCAAGGUCAACUGCAGGUCCAGUUCCCAGGCCGAGAACUAAGCCACCACUCACGGCUGACUCUCUGAGAUCACCGAAGCUGAAACCCGGGAUUUCAAGCAGAUCUGAGCCUCUUCAACUGUGCCUAGGAUGCUGCGUCAGUAUGUUCACCAAUUUGGUCAGAAGCUGGUCCGCAGACAGCGGCUGGGGCCCAGGGAGGGAUCUGAGAAGCGCACGGCUCGUCGUCUGAACACCCUCGAUCUGAUUGCCUUGGGUUUGGGUUGCACCCUAGGGAAUGGCAUGUACAUCUUGGUUGGAGAAGUUUCUGUGUAUGAGGCUGGACCAGCGAUCAUCAUCUGCUACUUGCUGGCCGGUCUGUCUACUCUUUUGUCCGGGCUCUGCUAUGCAGAGUUGGCUGCCCGGGUACCAUGCUCCGGUUCUGCGUAUCUCUACAGCUACGUCACCAUGGGUCAGCUGUGCGCCUUCAUCACUGGCUGGAACCUCAUCCUGUCCUAUGUCAUGGGCACCGCCUGUGUGUCCAGGGCCUGGAGCGCCGCCUUUGACAGCCUGAUUGGGAACCACAUCUCUCAGGCGUUCCAGGGAACUUUCUCUCUGAACGUGCCUUACUUCCUGGCCACAUAUGCAGACUUUUUUGCACUGGGCCUGGUGUUGCUUCUUACAGGAUUACUGUUUCUGGGAGCUCGUGAGUCGACCCUGGUUAACAAAGUGUUCACUGGCUUGAACCUUUUGGUUCUCAGCUUCACCAUGCUCUCUGGCUUCAUUAAGGGAGACCCGCACAACUGGAAGCUCACGGAACAGGACUACAGAUUAGCCUCAUCUGGAUCCAGUGACACCUACAGCUUGGGCCCUCUGGGCUCUGGAGGGUUUCUGCCUUUUGGCUUUGAAGGGAUUCUCCAGGGAGCAGCAACAUGCGUCUAUGCCUUUGUUGGCUUUGAUGUCAUUGCUACUACAGGGAAAGAGGCCCAAGAUCCUUGUCGCUCCAUCCCCCUGGGCAUCAUGAUCACUAUCUUUAUCAGCUUUUUGGCGUAUUUUGGUGUCUCAGCGGCACUCACCCUCAUGGUGCCCUACUACCAGAUUCAACCCCAGAGCCCCUUGCUGCAGGCUUUCCUCCAUGUUGGGUGGAACUCUGCCCGAUAUGUCGUGGCUGUUGGCACUCUCUGUGCUCUUACAUCCAGCCUCCUGGGUACCAUGUUCACCAUGCCUCGGUUUAUCUACGUAAUGGCAGAGGAUGGGCUCCUUUUCCGGGGACUUGCCCGACUCCAUGGCCACAGAGGAACCCCCAUCUGGGCCAUCUUGGUUUCUGGAAUGCUUGCAGCGGUCCUGGCUCUACUCUUGGAGCUGAUCAAUCUUGUGUACCUUGUGUCAAUUGGGACCCUGCUUGCUUACUCCCUGGUGGCCUUUUCAGUCCUUGUCCUCAGGUAUCAACCAGAACAGAAUUUCAGCAAGAAUGAGAAAAAAGAUGAUGAAAUUGAUAUUUCACAGUGGGAAGCAAGUCCUUCGGAACCUGUAUCAGAAACAGGAACUUCAAGGACACUAAAGACUCUGUGGUUCCCUACCAGCACCACCUCCACUGUGAAAUCUGGCCAGAUUGUCUAUGGAUGUGCCUCCCUGCUUGUUCUCCUGCUGAUAAUCCUGAGCCUGGUCCUGGCCCAGUGGCCCAGCCAGGUGUUCUCUGGAGACCCCAUGCUCACAACAGUGGCUGUGCUGCUGCUGCUGCUCAUCACUGGGGUCACAGCCAUCAUCUGGAGGCAGCCCCAGGACCCCACUCCUCUUCACUUCAAGGUGCCUGCUCUGCCUGUCCUCCCACUGAUGAGCAUCUUUGUGAACAUCUACUUGUUGAUGCAGAUGAACACUGGGACCUGGGUCCUAUUUGGCAUUUGGAUGGCGAUUGGAUUUGCCAUAUACUUUGGAUAUGGGAUCCGACACAGCUUGGAGGAGAACAAUGAUCAACAGCCACCAGACUCCACCUCCCAAAUGCUGGACCAAAACAUGCCCAAUGAUGAAUCAGGUUAACCAUAAGAAACUGAUACUGUGUGGAAUCCCUUCACACGCUGGAGGUAUCUUCCCGUUCAAGGGUGACUUUGAGCCUCUAUGGAGUCUGAAGGUGAAAUGCAGUGACAGCCGUGUGCCACCAUAUAGAAUGACUUUACUGUUGAAUAAUUUUUAAGUAAACUUUUCGAAACAUAAUAUGUAUACAGAAAAGCACAUGCUUCGUAAGUGGACAGCAAGAUCAAUUUUCACAAAGAAAGUACAACUAUUAACUAUUAACUAAAAGUGAAAGUGAAGUCGAUCAGUCCUGUCCGACUCUGUGAUCUUCCAGGCAAGAAUACUGGAGUGGGUUGCCAUUUCCUUCUCCAGGAGAUCUUCCUGACCCAGGGCUCAAACCCAUAUUGUAAGCAGAUGCUUUACCAUCUGAGCCACCAGGGAAGUCCUAACUAUUAACUAAAGGAAGUAAUAAAUAUCAAUGGGCAUAUAGGAGGCAGCUUCUUAUGCCUAUUUCCAGUCAAAACACAGAGAUUGUGACCCGGAAAGAAAUGCAGGUAACCAUACUUUGUGUCUAGAGUUGUGGGAAUGACCAACUAAAGUAGAGUGAAGUGUCUGAAAUACCAUGUGUUCAGUUACAGGAGAAGAGACACAUAAUCAAAGAAUCUCAUGUAUAUGUAAUGUUUUAUGUGCCCCAAGAGGGAGAAAAUUUUAUUUAGCAGACGUUAUCACAGUGAAUGUACAGUAUUCAUAUGGAAAAAAAUUUUUGCCCAACUAAUUAAAAUGGAAAAUUGGACUUUAAA